CCCUGGCGGGCGCGGGCGCGGGCGCGAGACGCUGCGCGGCGGCAGCAGCGGGCGCGAGCUGCAGCUGUCAGGCCACCGAGGUCCAAGCCGCACUUGCUGCCCCAUUGAGAACGAGGAGGCAGCAGGAGCAGUGACGGUGACACUAAGAAGCCGGACUCCCGGCACGCAGAGCUGACCUACCUGGCACCCGCGGCCCUCUACUGUUUCCUUCCCAUUGUGUUGGCACCCUAAAAAGAAAGAAUAAAACAACAACAGGAAAAAAAGGAAAAUAUUUAAAUUGUGACAAAAACCCACUGGGUUCUCUUGGUUACAAACUCCUUCCCUUCUGGUGCUGCAAAAAUGAGUGGGAAAUCCCUGCUCUUAAAGGUCAUUCUCUUGGGUGAUGGUGGAGUUGGGAAAAGUUCGCUUAUGAACCGUUAUGUAACCAACAAAUUUGACUCCCAGGCUUUUCACACCAUAGGGGUAGAGUUCUUAAAUCGAGAUCUGGAGGUAGAUGGACGCUUUGUAACCCUCCAGAUCUGGGACACUGCAGGGCAGGAACGUUUCAAGAGCCUUAGGACACCCUUCUACAGGGGAGCAGACUGCUGCCUCUUGACCUUCAGCGUGGAUGAUCGGCAGAGCUUCGAGAAUCUUGGUAACUGGCAAAAAGAAUUUAUUUACUAUGCAGAUGUGAAGGACCCUGAGCAUUUCCCCUUUGUAGUUCUGGGUAACAAGGUAGACAAAGAGGAUAGGCAAGUGACUACUGAGGAGGCGCAAGCCUGGUGCAUGGAGAAUGGGGAUUACCCUUAUUUAGAAACUAGUGCCAAAGAUGAUACUAAUGUGACAGUGGCCUUUGAAGAAGCUGUCAGGCAGGUGUUGGCUGUAGAGGAACAGCUGGAGCAUUGCAUGUUGGGUCACACCAUUGACUUGAACAGUGGCUCCAAAGCAGGGUCUUCGUGCUGUUAAAGAUAGGGAGCCUUUCAAAAAUGUGCCCCAAAUUGGUCAGUCAGUAGUGUAAGAAUAACUGUGCCCCUCUAAGAGUGCACACACACACACACACACAAGAGGGUAAGAGACAAGGUUCUGAUUGUGAAACAGAGCCUUUCAAAUUGAAGUGUAGAUCUAUAAAAAAAAAAAAAAAGAAAGAAAAGAAAGAAAGAAAAAGCUCUAUCAAGCCAAGUGUAUUUUGUGUAAUUUCUGCUAUUUCCCCUUCAUGUGUGUCUCAGGACGUAUCAGAAAGUUUUAGUCCUGAGACAGUUAAAUAUUUUUUAAAUCACAGUUUAGACCUAGAACCCAGCUGCAUGAAGGAGUUAAAGAGCUACAACUAUUUCUUAAAGUGUUCCAUUAAUCAACUAACAAAUGUCACUAUCAGACUCUUGCCAAGCAGUUUCUGACAUUUCUGCCAAAGGGGAAAAAAUCAGACUUUGAGCUGUAUUACAAUAAAAAUAAUAAUGCAAAUAAGGAUUCCUAGGCUUGAACUAUAAAGAAGUUGUAAUGAUUAGGAGUGCAAAAGUAUAAUGAUAUACACUGACUUGUUUAAAUCCUUAUGUAUGGUUUGCUCCCAUCUGAGCUUUUCAAAAAAUACCAUCUCAGUAAGAGAUACUCUAAUGACCCUGGCAAUUGAUUAUACUUCUUGUGUUUGAAGUCAUAGGAUACUAAUGAAUGGAUUAUGCUUAAAUAUGCCAACCACCUUUGCAAAUAAAUGGUUGGUCUGCUUUUCCUUCCUAAGUCUACUUUUGCUGCAUAGAGAUGUUGCUUCUCUGACAACCUCUUACCAAUUUAGCAAUGCUGCUUAGUAUAUGAAAUUGGAUGCAGUGCUCUCUGCUCAUAAUUUAGAUGGUCCUUCGAUCCAACAUGCUGGGCUCAUGGAGAAGGCUUCAGAAAAGAUUGGGGGAUAAUGAACUUUUCUCACAGGGCUCCUUAACUCAAAUAUUUAUUGUAGAAGAAGGAACUGGUUUCUUAUAUGUUGCACUGUAUGUUAAACUAGCCUAAUUAGGACAUUGAAAGUGACAGAAGAGCAGAUUUUAACCCAGUGUUAGAAUGAAUUUCCCAUAAUCAGAGUUGUCCAACAGUGGAAUGGACUGCCUUAAUAAUGAGCUCCCUGCCUCUGAAAAUAUUCACUGGAUGACCAUCUGUUAGAAUACCAUAAAAAGAUUUUCUGUACUGGCUACAUGUUCCGUAUAAAGUCCUUUCUGGCUCUAAGUUCUAUGAAUCUAUAAAUUACAUCAGUGCCAUGCUGUGGUUAGAUUUAUCUGAUGAUAACAGCUAAGACUAUGGAGAGGGACUUUUAAAAUUCUCAAACCAUUCUAUGAUCAAUCUUUAACAGCAACUACAUAGCUCUUCCUUUUGCUUUUGCACUGUGGCAGGAAAAAUUCUUGAGCUCUGAGUAAUCUUUAUGUGCACUGAUAAAAAACAUCUUAAAGCUCCCAUGUUAAAUAUAAAAAUGGUUUGACAAUUUUUGAUUACCAUGACUGCCAGUUAUAUACUGUAUUAUGAAUAUGCAGUGUGGUUCUUCUUGGUUGAUCUGUUUAUCCUGCAUAGAUUUUAAUCUGUACUUUAAAACAUCUAUGAUAAAAAAUAGUGACAGACAGAAAUUACCCCAAAAAGAGACCUAGGCCAGGAAGGGGGUGGGAGCUUUCAUAGGAAUACAGCCUAGAACUCUCCAUUGUAGCCACAUAUGGAAUCAGCCUUACUUACAUGUAGGACCUUUGUGCUUUAAGAGCUCUGGGACAUAUUGGCAAAAUAGAAAAAAGAGGACAGUAUUUCAACCCAGUCAUACUCAAUAUUUCCAAUUAAGAUAUAAUCCUUACCCCAUUGUUCAAUUAACUUUGAUGCCAGAAGUCAAAGCCAGAACUGGGGCCCCACAGCUCUUAAGUACUGGUCCCUAUCCUGCCUAUGCCUAUAGCCAGCCACACUGGUUUCCAAGUUCUAUGAUCAUUUUGCUACAAUCAUGUUAGGGUGAAAAUCUGUACGUCAGAACUGUUAAAUGCUAAUUAUUUUCAAGUGCAUGAGACCUGGGGCCUUCUCUUUCUACUUGCACUCUGCUUAUACUAGUUUCUAUUUGUAGAUCUCAGGUCUUCAUCAUAAAGACCUCCAUCAACUCACAAAAGUACUUGUCUCUGUUAGAGUGGCAUGUGGUCAUU